ACUCCCGAGACCCCUGAAAGGCCAUGGUCUCCCCGCCGAUGCCCCAGCUCCGGUUCCAGACAGUGAUCCUAACGCUCUUUUUCCUCCCCCAGGCACAGCCAGCUGGCGUAUUCGAGCUCCAGAUUCACUCUUUCCGGCCGGGACCCGGCCCGGGGGCUCCGAGGUCCCCUUGCAGCGCCCGGGGGCCCUGCCGCCUCUUCUUCAGAGUUUGCCUGAAACCCGGGGUGUCCGAGGAGGCCGCGGAGUCCCUGUGCGCUCUGGGCGCCGCACUAAGUGCGCGUGGACCCGUCUACACUGAGCAGCCCGGAGCGCCGGCACCUGACCUGCCGCUAUCCGACGGGCUCACGCGCGUGCCCUUCCAGGACGCCUGGCCGGGCACCUUCUCUCUCAUCAUCGAAACUUGGAGAGAGGAGUUAGGAGAGCAGAUUGGAGGUCCGGUCUGGAGCCUGCUGGCGCGCGUGGCUGGCCGGCGGCGCAUAGCAGCUGGGGCCCAGUGGGCCCGAGACGUGCAGCGCGCAGGCGCUUGGGAGCUGCGUUUCUCCUACCGCGCGCGCUGCGAGCCGCCCGCCGUCGGGGCUGCGUGCACGCGCCUCUGCCGCUCGCCCAGCGCCCCCUCGCGGUGCGGUCCAGGAUUGCGCCCCUGCGCGUCGGUUGAGGACGAGUGCGAGGCGCCGCCCACAUGUCGAGCAGGCUGCAGCCCAGAACAUGGCUUCUGUGAGCAGCCUGAUGAAUGCCGAUGCCUGGAGGGCUGGACUGGGCCCCUCUGCACGGUCCCUGUCUUGGCCAGCAGCUGUCUCAGCGCGAGGGGUCCAUCCUCUGCCACGGCUGGAUGCCUUAUACCUGGGCCUGGGCCCUGUGAUGGGAACCCCUGUGCCAAUGGGGGCAGCUGUAGUGAGAUACUCGGGUCCUUUGAAUGCACCUGUCCCCGUGGGUUCUACGGCUUGCGGUGUGAGGUGAGCGGGGUGACAUGUGCGGACGGACCCUGCUUCAAUGGCGGCUUGUGUGUCGGGGGCGCAGACCCUGACUCUGCCUACAUCUGCCACUGCCCACCUGGUUUCCAAGGCUCCAACUGUGAGAAGAGGGUGGACCGGUGCAGCCUGCAGCCAUGCCGCAAUGGAGGGCUCUGCCUGGACCUGGGCCACGCCUUGCGCUGCCGCUGCCGGACCGGCUUCGCGGGUCCACGCUGCGAGCACGACCUAGAUGACUGCGCCGGCCGCGCCUGCGCCAACGGCGGCACGUGCGUGGAGGGCGGCGGCGCGCGCCGCUGCUCCUGCGCGCUGGGCUUCGGCGGCCGCGACUGCCGCGAGAGGGCAGACCCGUGCGCCGCGCGCCCCUGCGCCCACGGCGGCCGCUGCUAUGCCCACUUCUCUGGCCUGGUCUGCGCCUGCGCGCCCGGCUACAUGGGCGCGCGGUGCGAGUUCCUGGUUCACCCCGACGGCGCGGAUGGCGCAGGCGUGUUGCCCGCGGUGCCACCCGGCCUGAGGCUGGGGGACCCGCAGCGCUUGCUUUUGCCGCUGGCUUUGGGACUGCUGGCGUCUGCGGGUUUGGCCGGAGCUGCGCUCUUGUUGGUCCACGUGCGCCGUCGUGGCCACGGUCGGGAUACUGGGUCCCGCCUGCUGGCCGGGACUCCGGAGCCAUCGGCCCACGCACUCCCUGAUGCACUCAACAAUCUGAGGUCGCAGGAGGGUUGCGAAGACGGCCCGAGUUCGUCUGUAGAUUGGAAUCUACCUGAAGAUGAAGACUCUCGAGGGAUUUACGUCAUAUCUGCUCCUUCGGUUUAUGCCCAGGAGGUAGCCAUAGACCCCCUUACGGCCGCUUCACAUUCCCACGCCGGGGAAGGCGGCCCUACUGCUUCUCUAGCUCACCUUCGUUCUGUCUGAAGAGUGAGAGUAGAGUCUCUGGAAAGUUUUUAAGCCCACUUCUUAAUUCUGAUUUAAUUCUGUUUUGUGUCCCUCCUGCUGUCGUUCUGAGCUUCUUGCUGUUUUCAUUUAGGAAAACGUAUGGGCUUAAAGAGGUCACAGUAGAAAGCCUUUGCCAGAGCUUCUCCGUUGAUUUCUACUUUCUGGGGAGGAGGGGUAUCCUUUCUAAUGCUUCCUACUCAUUUCAUUUCUAGGCCUGAACUGUCCCUUCUCCAUCUGCACAUGGAGUCAGAGCCGGGAUAUUUCGCUUGGUGGCGCCCAAUCUCUGCCGUAGACGCUUUGGACAAAGUUCAAGAUGGAAGGGGUGACUGGGAGAACUUUA